AGCAUUUGGGAUUUCGUUUCAUACAGACACAAAAGGAAAAAUACGCGUCCAGAUUGCUCCAUCUCUCGGUUUCUCCGUCGUAAUCCCAAGCUCGCUACCACCGAAUCCUUACUCCUACGUCGCCGGCCUUAUAUUCCUUCAAUCCGUCUCUCUACGCCAUGAGGAUGGACAAUGAUUGUGGCCUACGGUCAAUCGGACUCCGUUCCUGUGCCACAAAGCGACAACGAAUCAGUUCAGAGGCAAACCUUCCUCCCAUGAUAAUUAACAGACUCGGAGGCGAUCUUCUUGUAGAGAUUGAUUCGUCUCCCCAACCCGAGAUUCGCAUGUCGGUGUAAACUCGUGUGCAAGCCGUGGAGCUCCCUGAUCUCCAGUCCUCACUUCAACAGCCGGUUCGUUUCUCACCACCAGACCAUGAUUCUGAACCACCCGCCGAUGCCGGACAACCCAUAUGAGCUGCGAUCGAUCAUCCUCAGCUUUCUCCCUCCCAUGCCCAGUUCAGUUCGUGACUCUUUUAGAGUUUGGGAUUGCAACAAAGACAUGGUUUUAUGCGGCUUUUGGGAUUUAGAUUACCAGGAUCGGGAACGUAGCAUAGCGUUCCUGGUCUGCAAUCCGUUUACGAAGCAGUGGUCCGCUCUUCCGGUGGCGCCUAGGAAGUCUGUGGUGAACAAGCAUUUCCUUAUUACGAGUAUCGCUUUCGGGUGGUGUGUUUAUAUCAAGCCGAUGCCGAUCUACCUCGCCAAGAUAUAAAGCUAGACGUGUUUUGUUCCGAGUCUGAAAAAUGGACCAAGGAUGCUCUUGUCUGUCACGACCGUAUUAGAAGUGGACGAAGAAGCGUAAUUUCGUGCAAUGGGGAGUUGUUUUGGAAGUAUCAUGAAUUUACUAACCCGCCUACUGAUAAUUUUGUUGUUGGGUUUAAUCCUUUCCGCCUUGAUAUGCCUCCUACUUAUGUUGACGUUUCUGCAUUCCAUCUGAAACCAAAGUGGUAUAUUUCCGGCUCACAAGGUAAGUUGCACGUCAUUGCAGUUGAAAAUGAAACCGAACUGGUUCGUUUGAGCGUUUGGAGACUGGAACAGGACGGUAAAUCUUGGACGAAACAACGCGAGGGGUUGGUGAGCAAGUCCGGUCACUGGUAAAUAUAAGAAUGCUUUAUUGUGCUGCGAUUUGGGAAGGGAAGAGCUAGUGUUAUGCGCUAAAUUAGAACGGCAGCCUGAUGUCCAUCACCUUCGGGUGUUCCAGCCAAGGGUUUCUUGCUGGACUACUCCAAUUCCAAGGUACAAGGGGCUGCAAGGUAGCUAUUGGGUUCCGAGCAGCAGUGAAGCCAUACCACCCUCCCUCCACUCCCUCAGUAAUUGCAUGGAUCAUGUUGUGAAAUCGGCCUUCUACAAGGAUUAUAUAGAACAUGUCACUGCAGAGGCAACUCUCCACUUGCUGGCUGAAAUCAUUCAGCAGAGGAAGAAAGAAAUCGGUGUGAUUUUAAUAGAAGGGAAGCGGCCUCGCUCUCCAAUUUUUGACAAUGAAUGGGAUGUACUUGAAGCUGAUUUGGAAGAUGUCGGACGUAAUAUUGCCACCAUUGUCGGACAGACUACAGAACUGAAGUGUGCACUUCUGCGCGAAAUUGCAGAGCUAUAUCCUCCUUCAGGCCCUGUCAAAAGUGUCUUCUGGAGGGAGCCAACUCGUUGGGGACUGAAGGAUAUUAUGGGAGUAAUUUUACGUGGAGCAAGUUCGCUUGAACGCUAAGGCAAAACCGUGGUUUCAAGCAUGGUUGUCUCCACCUAUUGGCAUCAACUGCAGCAAGUCUCCAGUAGAACGAGUGACAAAGGCAAUAGGAUGGGAGGCCACGCCAAGGGGUUGGAUGAAGCUAAACGUUGAUGGAGCGUCGAAUGGGAAUCCAGGACCUGCGGGGGCUGGAGGUUUACUACGUGAUGAUCAAGGUUGUUGUUAAAGUGGUUUUGUCUACAAAAUUGGAUCGUGUACGGCAGCAAAGGCUGAGCUUUGGGCCAUCAAUCAAGGAAUGGAGCUUGCUUGGAAACAUGGCUACACAUAUCUAAUGAUCGAAACAAACUCUCAAUUGGCUAUUGAUCUUAUUAUGAACCGUAAGGACCCUAUUCACCCCUACUCCUCCCUCUUGAAUGCUAUUCGACGAAGAAUUUCUCAGGAUUGGCUUGUUAGGAUAGUUCACACUUAUCAUGAACGAAAUAGAGUCGUAGACUGGCUCUCGAAGCACAGUCUCGUUUAUUCCUACGGUAUGUAUGAACUGACUAACCCGCCAUCAGAACUAGCUAGAAUUAUCCAAGAAGACAAUAUGGGUGUGUGCUUCAAUAGGAGCAUUAUUGUUACAACUCUCAAUCCCCUCAUGUAAUCCCUUCCCCCCUGUAUCUUUCUUUUUCUUUGGCUGCCGCCUCCAUUGAAUAAAAAAAAUUUAAAGUACAAUUUUAAUAUUAGUCAUAGGGGUAUUUGGGUAAUUUACAGUCCCAGUUAACGGAGAGAAAACAGAUUUUUCGACAGAAGGGCAUUUUUGUUAUGUCGUAAUAGUACAGGGCACGUUUGUGCAAAAUCAUAGUACAGGGGCACGCUUGUUAAAACGCAAUAGUACAGGGGC